GCCAUAUCUUAGAUCUUCCAAUGAUCCCUCAAAGAUCUUCUAGAUUUAUUCCCCGACUUUGCCCAGAUACGGGGUACGUUGAUCUAAAAUGCUUACCAGAUAUUCAUUUAGUACGAUUCUGCCAGUGAUAGACUGAUACGCGGGGCUGUCCGACCUGAUAUGAAUCUGCAAUCAAGUCAACAAUAAUUUCAUUCCAAAAUCUUCGACAAAGGCAUCUCUAUAGGAGAAAUAACCGCUUCGCUCACCCCCCCAUUUUGACAGAACAACUACAGAACUCGCGACCAAUUCGAAAAUCCUUCCAACAAAUUUACAGUGAUUGCAAGGACUGCAGCACAUUCGAUAUGGCAUCACAGAAGCCUGUGGAGUUCAACAUCCCCACUAUUGACCUUAGUGCAUACUUGCAAGAUCCUGCUUCAGCUGAAGCAGAUGCCAUUGUCGAGGAAAUCCGGACAGCUUGUGCUACCAGUGGAUUUUUCCAACUCGUAGGGCAUAAUGUUUCCAAAUCUCUCCAGGCGCAGGCAUUUGAGGCAGCCAGAGCCCUUUUUGCACUUCCAGAUGAGGAGAAGCGCAAGCUCAGCGGCACGCCUGGCCGGGGCUACGAGAUCUUAGGGACCCAAUUCCUCGAACCAGGCAAAAAAGCAGACUUGAAAGAGGGAUACUUUAUUGGGCGUGAGGGAGAUGUCCCGCGUCCUUUUCUCGAACCAAACAUCUGGCCAAAGUCAGACCUGCUGCCCCCGUGGCAGUUCCAAAUCCCGCUGCUCAAAUACCACCAAGCACUAUCAGCGUUAUCCUUCACUGUCAUGCGUAUCCUUGCGUCUGGAAUGAAGAAUAUGGAUACGAGUGUAUUCGCCGACUUUUGCAAGAACCCCAUCGAAUCUGUUCGGCUCCUUCAUUACCCCCCACACCCAGACGUUGAGGAUGACACGCUGGUCGGCACAGGUGCGCAUACCGAUUUCGGAGCUAUCACCCUCUUGCUUCAAGAUGGAAACUCCGGCUUGCAAGUGCUGAACCAGAAGACGAACGAAUGGAUAGAUGUUACACCGCGGGAGGAUGCGUACGUGGUCAACAUCGGAGAUAUGUUGGAUGUCUGGACCGGUGGCGCUUACAGAAGUAACAUCCACCGAGUAAUCAACAAGUCCGGGGCGGAGAGAUAUUCAAUUCCGUUCUUCUUGGAUGGAAACCCUGAUUGCGUUAUCAGAUGUCUAGACAAUUCUGCAGAGAACAAGACCGGAAAGACAUUCACCGUGGAGGAGCAUAUGUUGUCUAGAUACGCGCAAAGUUAUAAAUGAAGUUUUGUAUUUCAUCAGAAUUCUAAUCUACCCUAUGUUUCUCAGCAAUAGUUUCUCUUGAUUUUAG